AUGAUUUGGUUUGUGAUCCCAAGUGCUGGAGAAUCCAGAUACGCAGCACAUCAGAACCAUACACUUUCCUUGGUCGUCCUUAUACAAUACGUACCUCGCUUCCUUGUCAUGCUCCCGCUCAACCGCCGGAUCAUUAAAGCCACUGGAGUCGCAGCCAAAACAGCCUGGUCCGGUGCAGCCUACAAUCUCGUCCUCUACUUACUUGUGAGCCACGUUCUUGGCUCUGUUUGGUAUGUUUUAUCGAUCCAGAGACAGCACGAAUGCUGGAGAAGAGAAUGCACAAAGGAGACGAAUGCGUCACACUCACCGUCUUGUAGUCUCUUGUUUCUAGACUGUGGAUCGUUGCAGGAUCCAGGUAGACAAGCUUGGAUGCGGAUCACCCGGGUUCUCUCUAAUUGCGAUGCACGUAACGACGAUGACCAACAUUUCCAGUUUGGUAUGUUCGGUGAUGCCUUCACUAAUGAUGUCACUUCUUCUCCUUUCUUUGAUAAAUACUUCUACUGCCUCUGUUCUUAUGGACAGAGUCUUGCAGCGAGUACACUGAGUAGUGAGACUAUAUUCAGUUGUUUCAUCUGUGUCGCGGAUCUUGUUUUCUUCUCUCAUCUUAUUGGCAAUGUUCAGAACUAUCUGCAAUCGACAACGGCUAGAUUAGACGAAUGGAGAGUCAGAAGAAGAGAUACAGAGGAAUGGAUGCGACACAGACAAUUGCCAACAGAGUUACAAGAGCGUGUGAGGCGGUUCGUCCAAUACAAAUGGUUAACAACUCGUGGAGUCGACGAAGAAGCCAUCCUACGUGCUUUACCGUUGGAUCUUCGUAGACAGAUCCAACGACAUCUCUGUCUCGCCUUAGUUCGCCGUGUGCCGUUUUUUGCGCAGAUGGAUGACCAACUCUUAGACGCGAUAUGCGAGCGUUUAGUUCCUUCGUUGAACACGAAAGACACAUACGUGAUACGUGAAGGCGAUCCUGUAAACGAGAUGCUUUUCAUCAUUAGAGGUCAGAUGGAGAGUUCGACUACAGACGGUGGACGGUCAGGAUUCUUUAACUCCAUCACGCUUAGACCAGGAGAUUUCUGUGAAGCUUUCGCUCUCAGAGCAGAGGACUUGAAGUUCGUAGCUAACCAAUUCAGACGUCUCCACAGCAAGAAACUCCAACAUGCUUUUAGAUACUAUUCGCAUCAAUGGAGAGCUUGGGGAACUUGUUUCAUACAAGCUGCUUGGAGACGAUACGUGAAGAGGAAGCUAGCUAUGGAGUUAGCUAGGCAAGAGGAAGGAGAUGAUUACUAUUAUGACGACGAGCGAGAUUAUCAGUACGAUGAGAUCUUGCAGAAAAGUAGUAACGACGUAGAUGACAGUAGCAAAAAUAAUCAGAAUUUGAGUGCGAUGAUAUUAGCGUCUAAGUUCGCAGCUAAUACAAAGAGAGGUGUUUUAGGGAACCAAAGAGGUCUUCAAGAAUUGAUCCUGAUGAUCCGACUUUGA